AUGGACACGCUCUUUGCGUCACAGAGCACUUCCGAUAACGACAAAAUUCUUGUCCAUCCAGAUGGCAGAGGCUACAACAUCCAUUUGCAAGUCAAUGGCAUAUCACUACGGCCAAACUUAGUUCGUAUGAUGAAGAAAGGGGGGGCAUACGCCAGUCGCCCAGAGGAUGCAGACAUCAUUCUCGUUGAUUCUUCACAACUCGAUGGAAAGCGUCUCGUCCGUACCUGGCAUCAGACUCCAGGGAAAGCCGUUCUUGAAUUUCAAUGGCUACGUAAAAGUAUCGAAGCCAGGAAACCCCUCCUUGAAGUCGAUGGUUGGGGUGGGACACAAACUUCGGAUGAUGGCAAACCCAUCGUCGAAGUGGCUGCCGAUGGCGAAGAAGCAGAGGUCGAACAGCUCAUUUCAAAGUCAGUUUCACGCCCUGAAUUCACUCAGACUUCUCCACAAACCCAGUCAACACAACCCGCCACGCCAGCACCUUUUAUACAUCCCCAGUUUUCUCAAAUAUCUCAGUUUCAGCCACAAUUUUCGCAAGCCCCACCGUUCCCUCAACCAUUUCCCGUUCCUCAACAAUCAUACCAGUUCGGCCAAUUUCCUCAACAACUUAUUUCUGGUCACAUGCCAUUCAUGCCGCCCCAAUCAAUGACGAUGCCAACGAGCAUGCCGUUUCACAACUUAAGGGAUCCGCAGAGUUUUCAAAUGCUUAUGACUUUGAUGGAUGUUAUGAGGAAUACCAAUGGAGGUGAAUUCUUGCAGGCGGGACAGCCCUCACCCAUGUAUCCCCAAAUCGAAGCUUCAUCCAGUGCUCCUCCUGCCAUCCAUCACGAACACACACCAGAUUCAUUCGUUGCUACAGACCAACCCUACCCUCCUUCAUCGUCGUCUUAUAAAUCACGCAGCCCAACUCCCGACGUUGUUGUGUCGAAACAUCGAGAAAAACAGCCUCGUCCUUCCGGACGCAAACCUCGCACCGACACAUCUUCUCGCGCGCCAUCUACGGUUUUGCUCCCUCCGUCAGUAAAGCGCAGAGCUAAUCACGAGGCCAUGCCACUGCUCGGAAACCCGCCUAACAAGCGAUCUCUCAAGGGCAAGGAACGUGUUGUAAUAUCUGACGAAUCUGAUAAUGACGAAGAUGACCCUCCUGCCGGUUCAGACAAUUUAUUCGAGCAGUCUCUUCUGAGCUCGCCGGGCCGUACGAACGCAAGAAAGAAUUCUGGAGAGGUGUUCCUUGACGAUCAAGGGCAGCCUCUAACAUUCUUUGUGCAGGUUGAUCUGCAGGGGCGAUCAGGAGUGGUUUCGAACAUCAAGAAAAAUAAAGGCAAGGUCAUCGGGAGUAUCGCAGAUGCAGAUUAUGUCAUCCUCUUCACACGCUCGCAGACAUUCCAGGGGCUCUUGAGUGAGGCCCACGCCUGCGACAAGGUUCCGAUUCAGUCGGCAUUCGUUGCCGACUGCAUCGCUGAGAGCACGUUGUUGGAUGGAAGCGAGUACGCGCUCGACACGGGCGUCUCAUUCAAACAUGCGAAGCGUGGCAGACCGAGUAGCGCAUUUUUUGAAUUUGUGCAGGAAACUCCUUCCGUCAAGAAAGAGAGUCAGAAAUCUGCAUCAAAGCCGAAACCGAAGGCAAAGAAGACCACGCCUACAGAGACGCCAACAAAUAAAGUGAAGAAGAUAUCAGCAGCCACUUCCCUACAAAUAUCAGCAGCACUGUUGCCACCUUCCUCGAAGGAGGCAAAAUUCUAUCAUGCACGACGGUCUCCUACCCCUCCUCCCCCAGAGACACGCAAAUCCAUGAGAGAUGGGAAGUUUCACUUUACGCAGCCAGAAAUUGAGUAUUUCUGUCAGUAUGCUCAAUUCCUGCUCAAUGAAGACCCAACGAUGUCUACCACGGCCUUACUUCAGGCCAUGCACAGAAAGAUGCCACACCACCCGUUUGGGUCCUGGCAGAUGCAAGCGUCUUCGAAACUGAAAACGCAACUUACUGACAUCCGCAAGAGGGCAAAUAUCGCGUUUCGCAAGUCUUCCAAUGGGAAUACCGAGAAAGCAACCGAGGAAAGACCUGGCCCGUCCAAGAAGCCUCGAUUAGAUGCCUUGCCGGCUGCUGCUACUGCAUCACAAGAAACUUUGGAACGAGAAGAUUUUGAGGUGAUCUGUGAAUUCUUUGCUAACGGUGGAGGGGAUGAUGAUAAUGACGAGAGGGUAUGGGAAAGGUUAUCACAACAUCGACCUUGCAAAAGCGCCGAGUCUUGGCCGGAAUAUUACACAACACACCAGAGUGAAGUUUAUGCACACAUUGAGGAACUUGUACGUUCCUCCAGCUAG